AGGGUGUAAUCUAAGUACAGUCACACACUCCUCACUUUGCACAUAACCCGAGCGCUGUGUCUGCAUGCUGUUAGACUCCUUCUGGACGUGGAAAUAAAGUCAUUUGCAUGUUUUUCUCUCUGUACAGCUUAAAAUGACGAAUGUGUAAUUUCAGUGGAAUAAAUGGCGUCCAAAGUCACAGAUGCUAUAGUCUGGUAUCAAAAGAAGAUUGGAGCCUAUGAUCAACAAAUAUGGGAAAAGUCUGUUGAACAAAGAGAAAUCAAGGGGUUAAGGAAUAAACCAAAGAAAACAGCACAUGUGAAACCAGACCUCAUAGAUGUUGAUCUUGUGAGAGGGUCUGCAUUUGCUAAGGCGAAGCCUGAAAGUCCUUGGACUUCUCUGACUAGAAAAGGGAUAGUUCGAGUUGUAUUUUUCCCCUUUUUCUUCCGGUGGUGGUUACAAGUAACGUCGAAGGUCAUCUUUGCCUGGCUUCUUGUCCUCUAUCUUCUACAAGUUGCUGCAAUAGUAUUAUUCUGUUCCGCUCCUAGCCCACAUAGCAUACCUCUAACUGAAGUGCUUGGCCCAAUAUGGCUGAUGCUGCUCUUGGGAACUGUGCACUGCCAGAUUGUCUCAACAAGAACACCCAAACCUCCUCUAAGCACAGGCGGUAAAAGAAGAAGGAAAUUAAGAAAAGCGGCCCAUUUGGAAGUACAUAGGGAAGGAGACGGUUCUAGCACCACAGAUAACACACAGGAGGGAGCGGUGCAGAGCCAUGGUGCAGACGCCUCUUACACUGUUGGCGCUGUCUUCAGAGAUCUGUGGCAUGCUGCUUUCUUUUUAUCAGGGUCAAAGAAAGCGAAGAGUUCAAUUGACAAGUCAACCGAGACUGACAAUGGUUAUGUGUCCCUUGAUGGGAAAAGGACUGUGAAAAACAGUGAGGCUGGAACUCAGGACCAUGGACCUCAGUGUGAGACUAUUCGACCAGAAGAGACAGCAUGGGCUGCUCGGGCUCCAAGGAAUGUUCCUGCCAAAGACACCCAAAGAAAGGUGACCAAUGUCUCUGAUGAAGUAUCCAGUGAGGAAGGUCCUGAAACAGGAUAUUCACUGCGCUGUCACGUGGACAGAACUCCCGAAAGCAGUCUUCGGAAUAGAAAGCCACACCACUAUAAAAAGCAUUAUGCAAAUGAGGAUGCCCCUAAAUCGGGUACUAGUUGCAGCUCUCGCUGUUCAAGUUCCAGACAGGAUUCUGAGAGUACAAGGCCAGAAUCUGAAACUGAAGAUGUAUUGUGGGAAGACUUGUUACACUGUGCAGAAUGCCGCUCAUCUUGUACCAGUGAGACAGAUGCGGGAAACCCUCAGAUUAAUCCAUGUGGGAAAAAAGAAUACAGAGACGACCCUUUCCAUCAGAGUCAUUUGCCCUGGCUUCAUAGUUCCCACCCAGGAUUAGAAAAAAUCAGUGCGAUAGUGUGGGAAGGCAAUGAUUGUAAGAAAGCAGACAUGUCUGUCCUCGAAAUCAGUGGGAUGAUAAUGAACAGAGUGAACAACCAUGUGCCAGGCAUAGGAUACCAGAUAUUUGGAAAUGCCAUCUCCCUAAUCCUGGGCUUAACUCCUUUUGUUUUCCGGCUGUCCCAAGCGACAGACUUGGAUCAGCUCACAGCCCAUUCUGCUUCAGAGCUUUAUGUGAUUGCAUUUGGUUCUAACGAAGAUUUCAUGGUUCUUUCUAUGGUCCUAAUAAGUUUUGUGGUUCGUGUGUCUCUUGUAUGGAUCUUCUUUUUCUUGCUGUGUGUAGCAGAAAGAACAUAUAAGCAAGUGAGUAUGAUAUGA